AGGAUUUCCUCACAGGCUGUGACGCAGAGCUGGUCGGAACGGACAAGUUGCGUUGGGUUGCGUAAAAGUGAAGUGAACAAGCGAAAAAAAACCCAAACCCGGACAUAACAGACCAGCAGCAGCAGCAACAACAACAAAGAAAGAAUGUGGUUCGUUUCUCUCAGCUCUCGGAUCCUCAGGUCCUAUUCUCAUGUUUUGGGUCGGAGGGGCUGCAACACCGCGGCUUUCAUGCCAGAGGCUGCGGGCUUUGAGGGGGUUUCAAGCCGCUCGUCACUUCAGGACUUCUCCGUCUCUAAUAGCGAUACUUUCUGGUCCGCGGUGGCUCGACACAGGCUCAGCUGGAUCAGCCCCUUCACAGCGGUCCAGGACUGCGAUCUGAGCCAAGGCAGGAUAAAAUGGUUCGACGGAGGAAAACUCAACGUGUCCAUAAACUGUCUGGACCGUCAUGUCCACACAAGUCCAGAGAGAGUGGCUCUGAUCUGGGAGAAAGAUGAGCCUGGCUCUGAGGUCAAGAUCACCUACAGGCAGCUGCUGGAGAUGACGUGUCGCCUGGGUAAUCUGUUGAGACGCCACGGUGUAAAAAAGGGCGACUGUGUCACCAUCUAUAUGCCAGCCUGCCCCCUGGCAGUGGCGUCCAUGUUGGCCUGUGCACGUAUCGGUGCCGCCCACAACGUGGUGUUUGCUGGGUUCAGUGCCGAGGCUCUGUCAGAGCGAAUCAGAGAUGCCCAGUCCACUGUGGUCAUCACAGUAAACCAGGGCGUCAGAGGAGGAAGAGUCAUAGAGCUGAAGAAGACCGUGGACACAGCCGUCCAAAGCUGUCCUACUGUGAAGCAGGUUUUUGUGGCCAUGAGGACAGAGAAUCCCGUCAUUAUGACGGACAGAGAUGUUCCCAUGGAAGAGGAGAUGAUGAAGGAGGCUGUGGUGUGUGAACCGGCUGCCAUGGACAGUGAAGACAUUUUAUUCUUACUCUACACAUCAGGCAGCACAGGGAAACCUAAGGGACUGGUCCACACUCAGGCUGGAUAUCUGCUGUAUGCUGCUCUCACACACAGGUACGUCUUCAGUUAUAAUGAUGGAGACAUUUUCGGCUGUGUGGCUGAUAUUGGCUGGAUUACGGGCCACAGUUAUGCUGUAUACGGACCACUGGCCAACGGCGGAACUACGGUUUUGUUUGAGAGCACUCCAAUCUACCCUGACCCAGGAAGGUACUGGGAGAUGGUUCAAAGACUGAAGAUUAACCAGUUUUAUGGAGCACCAACAGCCAUCCGCCUCUUGCUGAAGUACGGAAACCAUUGGGUGCAAAAAUACGACCGCUCCACCCUCAAAACUCUGGGCACCGUGGGUGAGCCAAUCAACACCGAAGCAUGGCAGUGGUACUACAGUGUGGUCGGGGACAAGCGGUGUCCUGUGGUGGAUACAUGGUGGCAAACAGAGACCGGUGGCAUCUGCAUCGCACCCAGGCCUUCGCAACCAGACGCAGAGAUUGUCCCAGGAAUGGCCAUGAGACCUUUUUUUGGGAUAAAGCCAGUGCUCAUGGACAGUGAGGGUAAAGUUGCCACCUCUAACAACACGUCUGGAGCUCUGUGCAUCGCUCAGCCUUGGCCUGGAAUGGCCCGAACAAUUCACAACGACCACCAGAGAUUCACUGCCACCUACUGUCAGCCGUAUCCUGGUUAUUUCUUCACUGGUGAUGGAGCAUACCGAUCUGAAGAAGGAUAUUACCAGAUCACCGGGCGCCUUGAUGAUGUCAUCAACGUGAGCGGCCACAGAAUUGGAACAGCCGAGAUCGAAGAUGUAGUGAAUCAGUGUCCAGCUGUGGCUGAGUCUGCAGUCAUAGGAUAUUCACACAACAUUAAAGGACAAGGUGUUUAUGCCUUUGUGGUGCUAAAAAAGAGCGUGGACACCAAGGAGCAAGAACUAAGUUGCCAACUCUAAGACAUGGUUUCUCAAAAGAUCGCCAAGUACGCCUGUCCGGACGGCAUCCAGUUUGCACAACGUCUUCCUAAAACGCGAUCGGGAAAGAUCAUGCGGCGGGUGCUGCGGAAGGUCGUGGAGUGUGAAACGGACACAUUGGGAGACCUCAGCACGCUGGACGACCCCACCGUGGUUGAAGAGAUCAUCCAAGGUCACAGUGAGCUCAAAGAAAAGCAGCCAUCUAAAUGAAGUGUUUACUACUUAGUCUUACUUCAGCCGGAACUUGAAGAUACGCUAAAGACGUUCAUUGAACUAAUGAUUAUGAAUCAAAACUUACUGUUUUCGACCAAAUUAUUAUUUUUUUAUUGCACAUGUAAAAGUUUAACAAAUCCUCUAAACAAAUGUUGUUAAUGUCCAGGCAGUGUUUAGAAAACAGGACAGCAGUCAUUGUACGACAAUAUUUUGUGUGUAAUGUAAACAAUAAACCACUGUGAUUUUACAUAA